ACCUCCUCAGUAGACCAAAGUCCACACGCUUCUUACAUCGUCUCUCUCCAACCAUCCAUUCUAUAACCAAGGCCGCCUCUUUUAAUUCUGCAAUCCAGAAGCAGCCGCAAUUUUGAUUGGAUCUCAUGGGUAAAAAUGUAAAAUGGAGCUGGACCUCCGCCCUAAUCGGGGCGGCGUCCGCCACAGCUACGACGGCGAUUAUCACUUGUAAGCCGAGAGACCCCAAGUUCCACGUAAUAUCAAUCACCCUCACUUCCUUCAAGCCGAACCUUGCUGCUCUCGACGCCGAGGCCGAGCUCAUGCUCACCGUACACGUCACCAACCCCAACAUCGUCCCCAUCCACUACCAGUCCACCGAGAUGUCUAUCUUCUACGCCGGCUCCCUCAUCGGCUCCGCUUGCGUCAGCGCCGGCUCCCAACCAGCGUGCUCCUGCCAGGUCCUCCACCUCCCGGCUAAGCUCAGCGGCCUCGGGCUGGCCCAUCACGCCGCCCAGUUCCUCGCCGACCUACGCCGCCGAGAGAUGGCUCUGGAUGCCACUGUGGAUAUCGAGGGCGCGGCUAAGGUGUUGUGGUGGGACCACAAGUUUAAGGUCCACGUGGAUAGUCACAUCGUUGUUGAUCCUGUGUUUCUUGAUGUGGUAGAUCAGGAAAAUAAAUCGGAGAUGGAUAUUUUAAUUGCUUAAGAAAUGUAUAGUGUAUGUGUAUUGUAUGUUCCCUCCCAAGAAUGUGUUAUGGUUGAAUCAGUAGUACUAAUAAAAUACUUUGUUAUGGUUGAAUCAAGAA